AUGAAGACUUUACUGGUCUUUGUAAUGUGCUUAUUAUGGCUCAGAGGACAUCAGUGUGCUCCUAUCAAAGAAGAUGUAAAGCCUGAGGAAAACCUGAAAGUUUUAUCAGAAGUUGGAGAGAAAUAUGUAGAUGAAGAGGUAAAGACAGCACUGAUUGGCAUUAAACAGAUGAAAAUUAUGAUGGAAAGAAAUGAAGUCAAACAUAUGGAUCUGAUGAAAACCUUAAAAAAGAGCAGCUAUGAAAAAGAGGAAGCUCUGAGACUUAUGAAUGAAGUAAAAGAAAGACUUGAGGAAGAAGAAAACAUAUGCCAGGACACUCUGAAGAAUCUGUGGGAUGAGUGCAAAUCUUGCCUAGAAAGUAACUGCAUGAAAUUUUAUACCACUUGUCAGCAUGGGCGGGCCACAUUUACAAGUAAGGUUGAAGAUUUUUUCAGGAAAAUGACUCCAUGGUCAUUUCCUGUUUAUGCAAGUCAAGGGCAAGAUCUCCAGCUUAACCAAAAAAAGACUAUGCCUAAGAAAGAGGAUGCCCAGCUUGUACAAAUGGAAAAUUUGUUUAACCAGCUGUUGUCUGACAUGGGCACAAUAUUUGAAAAAAGCUUUUUAUUUUUCAAACAGAUGCAGAAAGAAUUUGAUCAAUCUUUUCAAAUAUAUUUUAUGUCUGAGCCAGACUUAACAGAGCCCUAUUUUUUGCCUGCUUCCCCUGAGGAGCCUGUAAGAAAAAUUGGCUCCCCCAAAGACUGGGAGUUACCAGGUUUCUUCCAACUAGUUUUUGACUUCAGCAGAACUGUCCUGGAAGGAAUUGGUGAAGUGAUCGCAGAGACAUUUGAAGGAUACACAGAGAGUGCAAGAGAGAUGGCAGAACAAAAGAAAGAUUCUGACAAAAGUGGAAUGUUCUCUCAGAACACACCUGAUCAGGAGAGAGCUCCAUGCAAUAAGUUGCGUCAAAAUUCAUCAGGAUGCCGCCGAUUUCAUGAGAGAUGUCAGAAAUGUCAAGAUAAUCUUAUGCGAGCUUGCCCCAGUGUUCCUGAACUACAUAUCAAGUAUGAUGAUGCCUUUAAGCUUGUUAACAUUUCUGGUGAGCAGUAUCAACAGAUUCUCCAGAUGGUCCAGCAUCAUACACAAGAUACAUCCUACUUAUUGAAUAAAAUGAAAGAAAGGUUUGGAUGGGUGUCUGAGCUAUCCAACAUGACUGUAGGACCUGAAAACAUUUUCAAUAUAGUAAAGGUUUCAUCAAGUACGGAAAGAGGGGAAGCUUCCAGUCUGAAUGAAACAGUGGUAGAUGUGAAUAUUUUGACUUCACCUACUUUUACUAUUAAAGUUCCCCAAGGUUUAGACAUUCAGAGUUCUGAAUUCAUUGAAUAUGUAGCUGGAAAAGCUUUACAACUUUACAAGAAGAAUUUCUAG